UUUCUUGUUACUUGUUACUUCUCUAGACUCUAGAUGCUUAGAGAACAACGCAAUUUUAAAGUCUCAUACUCUCAUAUACUUUUUUGUUAAUACUUACGCGAGUAAUAAAAAUCAUUAGUUAAAUUAUUCUUAAUUAAAUAUUUAAUUUCAGUUAAUUUUGUCUGACUUGUAUCAGUUGUUUGUAGUUUGUUUUUUUUAACAAAGCAUUAUCUUAAAAACCAAUGGCAUUUAAAUAAAAGAAUUUUACAGGUUAUGUUAAAAAGCUAUGUAAGAUUUGAGGCCUGUUUGAAGCUUUCAGUAGGCAAUCAAUUUUUGACAACUGGUAUAAAUAAUAAUUAUUGUAUCAGUAAAAUAAAAAAAAAUAACUAAAAGUUUCGAUGGUUAAAUUUCUACGCAUGUGAAAACUGCAAUCAAGCCGGACAGCGUUUGGAGAAAAUGUAUUUCUUAGAAGAGUUAGAACAGGCGACGACGGCGGAUAAGAACUUUAUACACGACAAGGUGUUUUGUAAAAUGUUCGUUCUAAAGCCUGGUUGGCCAUUGCCGGACGCUAACUCCAUGUAUACCGAGCCUGAGUGGCAGUUGGACGAGUUCCAGGAACUGAAAACUACGUUGAACCGUACUAAACAGAAAUUGAACGAUUUUGAUCUGGACGCGUGGCACGUGCAUACGGGUAAAAUGAAUCCGGCUGGCCAGGUGGUCAACCAUGUCAGGAAGCACGUGCGCCCGGACUUCCUAACGCAAGCAUGGUGCAAGUUCUACGAGAUUGCGUGCAGUUCGGAUCUGGUGUCUCUGGACGAGAUCCACGAGGAAGGCGACAUGUCGUUCACCAGCGUGCAUUUGUGCGAAGCGCCCGGUGCGUUCAUCGCGGCGCUCAAUCAUUACCUGGCCAUCAACCACGAAGAGCUACGGCUCAAUUGGUUGGCGAUGACAUUAAAUCCUUAUCACGAGUCUAACGGGCACCCUCACAUCGUGACCGAUGACCGGCUGAUGUUGCACACUCUCUCGAACUGGGAAUUUGGUCCUGACUACACAGGUGACAUAUUCCAACCAGGGUACGCCGAACACCUGUAUGGGACAGUGCUGGAUCGGUUCGGCGGUAAGGGUGCCUGGCUGGUGACAGCCGACGGGAGCAUCGAUUGUUCGGACGACCCAGGUGAACAAGAGACAGUUGUGUCCCGGCUGCACGACUACGAAACGAUGGUGGCGCUCAGCGUACUCCGGGACAACGGGUCGCUGGUACUGAAGGCGUUCACCAUGUUCGAAUGCAACACCAUAUGCCGAAUGUACCUGCUGUGCUGCCUGUUCCGGUCAGUGGUGCUCAGGAAACCAGCGACCAGUAAGCCUGGCAACUCAGAAGUCUACGUGGUGUGUAAGGGCUACAGGGGCCGGUCGGUGGCCAUGCCGUACGUGCAAGCGUAUUACACGGACGACCGCCGUCGGCAACCGAGCCCCGGUGGAGGCACCUGCAUGUUCCCGUUGUCGCUGGUUCCAGUUGAGUUCAGGCAGCGGCUGUACGAGUGCGCCAAGCACUUUGCGGACAUGCAGAUGCGCACUAUUGAUGACAACGUGGUCGCUCUGCCGGUCCGGGAGGCACUGUACCGACAGAUGAAACCAGUGCAGGCAUCCAUAUGCUUGGAGUUUAUAAUCAGGCUCUGUCUGCGGCCGAUCCGGUACAAACGGGAGCUGACGUCCGUGUCGCUAAACAACUUCGGCUACAAGAACAACCGGAGAGAGCCGGUGAGAAUCGGUCUCAAACCGCGUGGCCUGUCGUAUGCUGAGAAAACGCGAAUCCGGGACAUGGACUCGCGACAGAAAGCGGCCACGCUGUACCUGGAAGUGAUUCGGUGCCAAGAGUGGAUGACGUCACAACAGCAAAUGGACGACGUGGUUUGGCACAGGCGCGUGCAUCUCGUAUACCGGCUACCGGACGUGGCAUUCCGCUUUGGCAAACCGGUGACCAUGGUCAACGGUUCUAAGUUUUGUUGCGAGGCGAUGAUUUUCUACAGGAAGCGUGUGCUGUCCAAGUUUCCGCGGGUUCGUAGCGACCAAAGUCCCAUGAAUGCCGAGUGCCGGAUGUGGCACUACCGCGAAUUGAUCGACCGGCCACUCGCGGCUGUUUGCGAUCUGACAGAUAUUUGCGAAGAACACGCUUCCGACAACACCGCACUACAGCACCGGUGCUUGGUGGCCAUUGUGGACGCAUUGCAGGCCCUGUCGGACGGCGACGACCUGAUCAUCGUCGGUUAUCCGCUGUACACUCAGCUGUCCGUCGCCAACGUUUACGCUGUGGCCAAGAUGUUCGACACUUACGGCCUGGUCAAACCCGACUCCAUAUAUGGCCACGCGAUCAUAUUCCUCAAGUUUAGCAGCGCUCAUCACAGCGACUGGCUGGCUGUGUUGACAAAAGCUGUUGGGUGCCUGGUGCCUGGCAAUCACGGUGGCAUGGCGCUUGUUUCGUGGAUGCCUAUGAAGGUGUUACUCGAGCAAAAGGUUUAUGCGGACAUUGUGGCCGUCAAUAACCUGUGCAUCUUACACGAAAUCGCACCCAUUUUGCUAUCGGCUUCGAGCGCUGCUUCUUGUCCUUAAAUAAUUGUUUCCGAUUAGGAAAUGCUCGCGAACCUCAUUGCUAAACAAACGGCGAGGACAGACUUGUUGUAUAUAAUACCAUACACAGCAACGUGUGAAUGUAAGACGAUGAAUUUUUAUUGAUUUUUACAAAUAAAUUAUUUUAAUUUUAGUUGCAAUUUUUAAAUCGUAUCGUAAAAUAUCGCUUAAAGUGUAAAAAUACCUAAGGUUUCUUUGCAGUAUACAGACCAGUCCGAUCCGGUAGCUAUUACGGUAGACGCUGCAGGGAAAACGUAUCUUAAGCAAUUAUAAUUUACGCAAAAUAAUAGUUAAUUACGCGAGGAAUUUUAUUAUACAAUAUCCAAGAUUUUUAAUAAACUGCUCAUCGUUUUUUUUUUGCUUCAAAAAUUACAUUUUAAAGCAGUAUUUUUCGACUUCAACGUGUCAAUUUUGUACAGAAUUUAUAUUUUUAGGUCAGAUUAUUUUGUUGGAACCGUGGCCACAUUAGCUUGUUCGUUUGAUUACAAUUUACAAUUUAUCCAACUGUUUUUAGUGUUUUAUAAUUAUUGAAGACCAUGGUUUUAAUGUACUCUGAUUUUCUUCACCUUUUGAGAAUUCACUUCAAUAACGAAAGAUCAGGUUUGGCUAAGUCAAAUAAUUUUACUUAUCUUUAUUCUUUUUAAUGAGUGAAAAAUGUGAGAUUUGUUUUCUACAUUUGGUAUGGCUGUACAAGUUCGUAACAAUUGUUAUUAAUAAUUAUUAUAAUAUAGGUAGUGGCCAUUGGGUAGGUAUAUAAUAUACAUUAUUGGUAUAAUACCAAUGAUUUUCAACAAUUUAUCAGUUUACUAAAAAUUUAAUUACUUUUAUAAGUGAUAAUAUUUAAGACACGAAAUAUCUCAACAUUUUUUGCUGUAAUUGAUUGUUACACGGUUUAUUUUUCAAUAUUAACUUUUUAUUUACAUCACUAUUAUAUUUUAUGUAAUUUUAUUAUCGUCUUUAAAAAUAAUUGUAUUUCUAUCAAUAACUUUAUUUUACAAGUUGUCCUAUACUGUGUGAUAAUAAAAUGUGUACCUUAGCUAAAGUUUAUUUUACUUGUUAAAUAUUGUUUAUUUUUGUCAAAUUAUACUUUUAUACAUAACUAAAAUUAAGAUGUAUGUGCCAUUAAAAUAUAUAAUUCUUAUUCUAAAAUAAAUUUUAAAAUAAUAAAUACAUUUGUUUAUCCAAAUAUGUAUGAUUAUUUUUUCUAUUAAAACUUUUACUUUGAUAUACUUUUAGUUAUUUAUAAUUAUAAAUCAUAAAUUCAAGUGGUAAUUUUUUUGAUUUUUAAUAAGUUAAAAUUAUGAAUUAUCGAUAUUGGUUUGGUAUCUAAUAAUUGUAUGUAAUUAUGAAUUUAAUCUUAACAUCAGUGCCGCAACUAUGGUCUUUAGUGUCGGGGUGCAAUACCAAAUAAUAAGGCCCCUUACUUUCCGAAAUUUUACAUAAUAUUUUCUUGAAAACUGUUUUUAUAUUAUGUAAACGUGAAAAAAUACAAAUUUACACUAGAUAAAAAUAAUUGAUACGUUUAUCCAGGGGUGGGGCCACAGGGACCACGCGGGGGGCUUCGUUAGCCAUAUUUACUAUUUUUUGUUUUAAAGAUCUAUAUUUAUUUGUAUACAUUAACGCAUACUACAAUAUGUCUUAUACAAUUUUAGACAGUGUGCCCCCCCUAAAAAAAUUCUGGAUACGUUUAAAAAUAUAAAAAUAAUUACAUAUAUAUGUUAUAAAAAUUACUUAAAAAAAUUUUUUUCUGCUUUUUUGAUUCUCUAAGUCUAAAAUUAAUUUUUCUAGCUACGUUAAGUUCUUCAAUGCGAGCUCUUUCUAUAUUUAAGAUACUUAUGUUUGUUAGUUGAUUUUGAAAUAUCGAGUUUCUUAAAUAGUUUUUAAUCAGUUUAAGUUUAGAAAGUUAUUGUUCGGCCGCAGUGGCAGUCAAACGGGGGUGAUAAGGGGGAUAGAUCCCCCAUGACUUUCUUUCUUUAAUGUUUAUAUAACAAUUAAAUGUAUGUAUAAUGUACUAUAAUGUUAAUGUAUUAAAUUUUGUUUUAUUUUUUAUGCCACAACCCCCCUCCAUGAUAAAAUCAUUUGACCGCCACUGUUCGGCCGAUGCAACAGUCACUGGUAAACUUAAAAAUAUAAUACAAGAUGUAACAACUUCACUAUAUAAAGAUGAUAAGUUAUUUUCUAUUAAAUAUAAACAUGAUUCUUUAAUUGUUUUUAUCUCAGUUAAGUUAACAUCUUAUAUUUUAUUUUAUUUUAAUUACUUAUAUUUUAAGCAGUGUUUAUUACGCUUAUAAUUAUUAAGAACAUUACUAUCACAGAAUAUUAUUAAUAUUAUUUUGUGUUACUAUUAUGAAAAUCCUAUUAGAAUUUGUUUUUUUAUUUUUAUGUUUUUUUUUUUAAAUACCUACUUGAUUAGGUAAACAAAUCUAUUUCUUACGAUAUGUUUAAAUUUGGUUAUAAAGUAUAGAUUGUUUAGACUGUUUAGAGAGUUUAUUUUAUAUUUUAAUUUAAGAAAACCCGGCCCGCUAUUAUCGGCUGCAGUUUUGAUUAAGUGCUUCUGUUAUUUUAUUAAUAUUUAAUACCUUGGGCCUGCCCACACGUUUUUCAGUGAAAGCAGUGAAACCUAGUAUUUCUAUGUUGGGAAAUAAAAUAAAAUAAAAUUAUUGAGAUUCGUUUAUUCCAAACAAAUAAAUCGCAUUCAAAACAUUAUUGUUUAUUAUACUUUAUUGAUCGAAUGUAAACAUUGAAAAAAUACCAUAGCUGUUUGAAACAUUGUCACGAAACAAAUUUUGUUGGAGACCGAUUCCAAGAAAACAUCCAAAAAUAAUGGUGUCUGGGAUAAAGUAGAAAUACUGUUUUGAGCACGUAUUUCCAUUUAUUUAUUUGUAUGAAAACGAAAACUUAUACUGCGUAUUUAGACUUAAUUUUUUUAUUACCUUAAUUGUUGUUGAUAUUAGAAAGUAGGUAAAGUAAAAAGUAGGUUUUUCUUUUUGGUAGUAUAUUUAAUAACAUUUUAGACUGUGGUGCCCCCUCUAAAAAAAUUCUGGAUACGACACUGUCUAUAGCAUAUAUGCGUUUAGCAUAUAUCAAUUUUUCGUUAUUAGUCUAACGUUCAAUAUAAGGGUGGAACUAAUGAGUUGACCCAAAACUUAAUUUCAGUUAAUAAGAGUUUUAUAAAAAUAAGUAUUAUAUUUACUAAUAAUAUAUUAUGAAUAUAAUUUAACUUUAUUUGUAUAGUCGGACGUCUGUUGUUAACAAUAUACCUAGGUAUUUUAAUUUUUAAGCGAGUUAUGAGCAUUUUUAAAUUAAAAUAUUUUAUAUAUUUAUCACUUAAUUAAAAGAAGUAUCGUAAAAAACCGCAGGUCAAUUUAUUCUUAUAUUAAAACCACGGAAACUAAAGUUUAGACAGCCAUACUCAACCUUUUUUUAUUUUGGCCACAUAAAAUAUUGCGCAGGCCACAAGUCGAAAUGAACGGAAAGGAAAAAUAGUUAAGAUACUCGUACAUUCAUACAUCGUGUACCUAUAAAAUCAGAUAAUUUAUUAUAAGAUAAUUAAUUAUUUAUUUUAAAUUAGUGUGAAUUUUGAUAUUGAGAUAUUUUUUUCAACAUUUUGGAUAUAUUAGGUUUGUAGUUCUACGUGCUACUCUCAAAGCCUCAACAAGUUGUCAUUGUCUUGUAUUUUACGUAUGACACACACUUUGACUGUUCUAUUACAUUUCAUAUUUAUUAUAAUAUUAGUUUUGAAAUUUAUAAUUUUAUAUUAAUUUAAUAAGUUCUGUUUGGGCCACAUAAAAACAAUCGGUGUGCUGCAUGUGAGUAUCGCUGGUCUAGAAUAAGGGAACCAGACAAAUACGGCCGAUCACUUUAGAAAAAAACAUCAUCAAGAGCCACAAUUAAAUGGCCACGGGUUGUGCUGCGGUUUGCAACAGAUCUAUUUUCUUAGUGGAAUAACGAAUAAGGCGGCAAGUACAUCGAUUUCACCGUUACCGACACCUGCAGGAUGCAGAUGGAUGCAAGAAUACAAAAAGUAAAAAAGUAUAUUACGUUGUCCGCUGUUGAAGAUGCCAUUUUUUUAGUUGUAGACUUAGAAGGUUAAAUCACUAUUUAGUAAAAUUGAGAAUAUCAUUAAUUAGUUUUAGUAGUUUUUAAUAGUCUAUUAACGAACUUGAGAUUCUAGUAUAGCACCGAACACUGAUUAUUACUUAUUGCGUUGACGUUGAGUUAUAUGCCAUUAUUGCCAUUAUGUCAUUAAUAUGAAUUCUGAUUUUACUUAGUUUACUUUUUAAUGUUAACAAAACAUCUAUGUAAACAUUUUUUUUUAUUUUUAUAAUUAAAAUUUUCAAAUAAAUGUAAAUAAAAUAACCGUUGUUAAAAAAAUUAA